AUGUCUUCGUCAAUCAACAUCCCGGCGGCCAGAUACAGCCUCUCUUCGGAGGCGGCCGGCAGCUCGUCAGACUGCUCCUACUCCAGCUCGCCGUCGUCGUCGAGCCCGUCCGCCUCCCCCAAGGGCAAGGAAAAGGCCACGGCACUGGCCAGCCGUCGGCCCAGUCUGCUGAGCACGGCCCUUUCCAAGCAAGAGUGCACCGUUAUUAACAUUGGAGCACCAGAUGGGCCUCCCCGACUCAUUUCUUAUUUAUCCUCGGGCCAAGGCUUCAUGUGGAAUCCUGAAAUCUUCCUUCCCUCCUAUGUCGACUGCUACUACGUCCCUCUGGAAAAUAGACGAGAUCCCGUACACGAGAUCCACCUCACCGAUGAGGAGAUGAAGAAGAUGUUUCCC